CCAGCACUGAAAAAGACGCUUGCAGUUUGCUGCCAGCGCGCUGCCAGCAACCGGAAAGUUGGCUGAGAUUUUGAACAGAGGUGCUGAGAGGCGCUGGCAGCGCGCUGAGAUUUUGAAUACACCCGAUGAUAAAGUAUGGUUUUAAAGCUAAAAUAUCGACAAAAAAUUCCAAGCACACCGUACAGCACUAGGUAUACGCUAUCUGAACGUCACGACACUAGCGGCAUCUCGUGAUAAAAACCAGAACUACGGCUACGGAAUCGUUCUGUAAUUAGACGCCAGUUAAAUAUGUGUUGCAUUUAUUACAUUAGUUCUUAAGUCUGAUUAAUUAUUUAAUAAAUAUAGACUACUACAAAACGAUGUUAGUGUUCUAAAUGUUAAAGACUGCACUUAGUGAAUCUAAUACUUUACACGUGUUGACUGUAGCAUUUGGCUCGAGAAUUGGCUACUUUUUAAAAAUUAUUCGGCUACGAAAGCUAAAAACAUCUGGCAACAACUUCUUCAUUUCUAUCAUCGUAAAAGGUUGGUACACACGUUAGUUUUGGUUAGUCAUUCCUUCGAUUCAAUUAAUUGAAAUUUUUGAGAAUUUUAUAAAAUGGAAGAUACGUCACUCGAACAAACAGAAAUAUGCCAAAUGUCACAACUCGGAUUCGUUGCAUUAACAGAAUUGCCGGAGAUAAUAACUUAUCGUGUAUUUGAAUAUCUGGAAGAUACAGAAUUAGACGUAUGCAGACAAGUCUGUACAGAAUGGAGAGAUAUUGCGGACAGGAUCAUGUAUCACAAAGUAACAAUGAUCAAAAGGGAAAUUCCAUUUAAUUUAGUAAACUCUAUAAACUGCGAAUCGGAUAAAGUACGUCCUUACACUGGUUUCGACCAUAACUUUCAGUACAAUUGGUUCUAUUUGGCACAAAAACCCGAAACUACGUCGAAUUCUCUACACAUGGAUGACGAAAGUAAAGACAUUCGUAAUCGUCACUUACAAAAUCACGAUACAGAAAUGCAUGAUGAGGAAGUUAGCUCGAGGGCAUGCAGGGCAUGCACGAAUGACAUAGAGAGAAUUUCGACAUCUUUUAACUUUUCGUCAGCAGAAGAAACAACGGAAAUACAUUUAUCAAUAUUUCCAAAUAUUUCAGGUUUCACUGUUACUAAUUAUCCAUUGGAUCUAAGUGAAAGUGAACUUUUUGUGUAUGAUAUAUUGCCCAACAAUAGUAACAAGCUCACUGAGCAUCUAUGCCACAAAGCAAAUAUAUCGGUAGAAGAAACGAAAUGUGUUCUUCUGUAUAAGGAUGUAGUAGCGUAUUCUUACGAGAAAAAACUUAAUUCAACAUUUAGUUAUCCAAAAGAAAUAUAUGUAAACAGGUUUACGCUAUUUCAUGGGCAAAAGGUAAAUGCUUUUUCUGUUUGCAUCGAUCACGAAAAUUCCGAUUAUAAGAAUGUGAAAGAAAAAUUCCAGAAGGUGAAGAGUUUGAAACCCAGAAUAAUACAGAAGAAAUGUUUCGUAUAUUUUUUUCAUCGUGUGUGCAAUACAUGUUUCGAUCCUUUAAUUCGAGCUUUUAGAGAUUCUUUUCCUGUUGUCAACUAUGUUACUAUCGAGCGAUUACCCAUAUAUUUAUCAGUUAACCCACCCGAAAACAAUUAUUUUUGUGAAGAAAACAAAACGUUUCCGGAAUACUCGUGUCUAGCUUUAUUUACUUUUGUAUGGUGGGAUUAAAUUAAUUGUAUUCAAAUAAAUAUUUAAUUUUGUUUAAAUUGGAAGUAAUAGUAAUAACCGAGUCUCAUUCGAAUGGGGCAUUGUCUCGCUAUAUUAGUACUAUUACAACUUCAAGACUCAUCAAGAUACAUCAUCGGCCUUCUUCACCACACAAAACUACACACCUGUUGGAGAUUGUGUGGUGAAUCUUAUCUUCAUCUUCUGUUAUUACACUAUUUCACCUACUCUCGGUAAAUUUUUCCAGCAUCCCCUUUUGGUUUUUUCACCCGUUUAUUUAGUAAUUAUAAUUUUGGCUUUUCCCUCAGCUGGCCUGGUGGAGUUUUUCCAGGUUUCCUCCACCUCUUUUCUCCCCUAAUGGGGACCAGCUGCUCCUUUAAGUUUACAGUCCUCCCGGAAGGUUGUAGCUAAUACCAGCAGUGGUAUUUAGCCCCUUAAAAAUUUUCUAUUCCAAAUUCGCUGGAAAUAUUUAUCGCUGGAUUCUUCACUGUGGCCUCUCUACUUCAACCACUUUGAAACAUCCAAAAAUUCGUUAAAUUUAGGUGGGGCUGGGUCGCAAACUGCAACUAUCCUGUCUACCUUUCCCUUCUUCUUGAUAAACAAAAAUAUAGGUAAGUUAGCAAAGCAGUACAUAGAACACACCAUACAGAAUAAAACGAAGAAAUAACAAAUAAAACAUAAAAUUAUGAGCCCUCACAAGGGACUAGUAUCUAUGAGCCCUGCUUGGGACUUCUAUGAGCACAUUUAGGGACACUAACCCCAAACCUCCCUUCAGUACAUAACAUUCUUGGCCUCUUUGUGCUCCCAGAGCGGUAAGGGACCUAAAACCACAAAAAAAAGUGUUAUUACAACAAGAAAUGGAUGCGUGGAAGGGGGGUGGUGGUUAUUCUAAAUUUAAGUCAAUACACUUUUUAGUAUUGAUGAUGUAUAUUUGAUUCUAUUUAUGUUAUUUACACUAUUAUACUAACGGUGGUAUAUAUCAAGAGAUUAUUACUUUAUU